AUGUUUCGACAGAGUAUUCGUCGAUUUGGCACAACUGCUCUCCGUGCAGCGGAGGGUUCGACUGCCUAUGGGGUGAGGGUAUCCCAAGCCCAAGGCGUGGUCAAUGGCCUGACAGAAGCCAUCGGAAACACCCCUCUGAUCCGCAUGAAGCGCCUCUCUGAGGAGACCGGCUGCAAUGUUCUUGGUAAAGCCGAAUUCCAGAACCCCGGAGGCAGUGUGAAGGACCGAGCUGCGCUGUUCGUCGUCAAGGACGCCGAGGAGAAGGGUCUCAUCCGCCCCGGUGGUACUAUCGUGGAGGGUACGGCUGGUAACACUGGUAUUGGUCUGGCACAUGUCUGCCGGUCCAAGGGCUACAAGCUUGUCAUCUACAUGCCCAACACACAAUCGCAGGGCAAGAUCGACUUGUUGCGUCUGUUGGGUGCCGAGGUCUACCCCGUGCCUGCGGUGGCCUUUGACAACCCACAAAACUACAACCACCAGGCCCGCCGCCAUGCCGAGUCGCUUGAGAAUGCAGUCUGGACAAACCAAUUCGACAACAUUGCCAACCGCCAGGCACACAUUGACACCACUGGCCCUGAGAUCUGGGCUCAGACUGAGGGCAAGAUCGACGCAUUCACUUGCGCCACUGGAACCGGAGGUACGCUGGCUGGUAUCACGCGCUACCUCAAGACUGCCAGUGACGGACGGGUGAAGAGCUUCCUCGCAGAUCCCCCGGGCAGUGUUCUGCACAGCUACAUCCAGAGUGGAGGAAAGCUUACUGAACGCUCCGGUGGCAGUAUCACCGAGGGCAUUGGUCAGGGCCGUGUCACAGACAACCUCCAGCCCGACAUUGAUCUGAUCGACGGAUCACUGAACAUCAGCGACGAGAAGUCCAUUGAGAUGGUCUACCGUUGCUUGGAAGAGGAGGGUCUCUACUUAGGUGCUAGCUCUGCGCUCAACGUGGUGGCUGCUAAGGAGGUCGCGGAGAAGCUGGGCAAGGGUAACACCGUGGUGACCAUUCUCUGUGAUGGAGCGCACCGAUACGCAGACCGUCUGUUCUCUGACAAGUGGCUCCAGAGCAAGAACCUGCGGGGGGCUAUUCCCAAGCACUUGGAAAAGUACAUCGUGUUGCCUUAG